AUGAUUGACCUAUUACCAUCACAAGUAGUACGUGCAUUUGGUUCCGAAGGUACUUAUUCCGAUGCCGUAUCUACUGUAAAUAAAUUUAAUUCACGUCUUUUACGUGAAAGACGUAUUCGUUUACGUUUACCAUUUGUUGAUUCACAAACACAUAUUAUUCAAACACCGACACAACAUUAUUUAUGGAAACAACCAGUUCAACGUCUUGUAUGUACUCGUGAUGAUCAAGUUGCAACAUAUGAACGAAAACAAUGGCAUAAAAAAAGGCCACAUCAAUCAUCAUCAAUAAGUCAAUCUCAGUCAGUAACAAAUACGAAUGCUAUUAAUGAACAACAAUCUAGUGCAUCACCUACUAAAAAUGGGAGUGUAAAUGGAAUGGUAUCAUCUUCAACUGAAGAUGAUCCUCGUAUUGUUGUACGAGCUGGUGAUCUUGGCAUGUCAGAUACAGAUGUUCAAUCGAUUGCUACAAUUGAAAAUCCUGCAAUGGUUGGUGGUCGAUUUACAGGUGGAUCUAGUGAUGAUUCAUCUCAAUCAUCUGCACCACCAAUGACUGGUCUUCAUCAACCUCAACAACCACAUUGGCCACAACAUACAACAACUCAUAAUCAUCAUCUUCUUCAUUCAAACAAUUAUAUUCUUGAUGGUGAUGAUGAUAUAGAUGAAUUUGAUUACGAUGAUUAUGGUGGUGGUAGUGGACCAGGUACACCUGGUGGUCCAUCAUCUCCUGUAUCCUCGUUAACAACACGUUCUAAACGUGGUAGUUCUACGAAACGAAUAUCAUCACAAAUGGGUACAAGAAAAAGUACUGGUGGAAGUGUACCUGGCAGUGGAAGUACUAACAAUACACCUCCUACUGGUAAUCGUCGUCAACAAUAUACACUAGCUGAAUUACCAUUCGUCUGCGAAUUUUGUCCAGCACGAUAUAAAACAAAACCAGGAUUACAGUAUCAUUUAGCUAAACACAAAGAAGCAAAUACAGAUUAUCGACCAUCACCACCAACACCUUCAACUGCUGAUAGCUGCGGAUCAUCAUCACCAUCAGGAGCUAAUGCAUCAACAACGCUUAUGAAACAAAAAUAUAUGAGUCCACCUAUUGAUCAUCAACAGCAACAUCCAAUGUAUUCUAAUCAGUCUGCAAUGGGUAGUCCUGGCAUACAUAAUGCUCCUGUUGGUGGACAUUUACCUCCACCUAAUGGUAUUCCUGGUAUGUCAGCACCUCCUUAUCAAAUCAAUCAUCAUCAUCUACAACAACAACAACCACUACCACCAUCAUAUCAAAUGCCAUCUCAUCCACAUCAUCAAUCAAUGCCUCCAUCUGCUUCAAUGCCACUUACUGUAGCUGCUCUAUCUGGUUCAUCACCUAAUACUGGUGCACCAUAUUAUCCACAACAACAACAACAACACCCACACCCUCAAAUGAUGCAUCAACAACAUAUGAUGAUGAUGCAACAGCAGCAACAACAACAACAACAACAACAACAACAUCAGCAGCAAUUUCAACAACAGCAACAACAUCCACCUAAACAACAUGCCCCGGUUGCUGAUAUGUCAUCAGGUAUUGCAACUGGUGUUCAAUGCGAUUUUUGUGGUGGUGAUGAACAUGAAAAUAAAACGACAAAAUUACCAGAACAAAUGAUAACUUGCAAAGAUUGUGGUGGUUGUGCACAUCCAACUUGUCUUAAAUUUACUCCUAAUAUGGUUCGUCAAGUUAAAACUUAUCCAUGGCAAUGUAUGGAAUGUAAAACAUGUACAGAAUGUGGGAAUUCUGAAAAUGAUUCCGAACUUUUAUUUUGUGAUGAUUGUGAUCGUGGUUAUCAUAUGUAUUGUUGUUCUCCACCAUUAUCAAAAGCACCUGAAGGUGAUUGGCGUUGUAAAUUAUGUUGUGUUCAAUUUGGUGAACUUCAGUCUUGA